AUGGAACAAAAAGUUAAAGAGCUUGUGAAUCAAAUUGUUUCUGAUCAUUGUCUGAAAGAUCAGAUUUUGCAAAAUUCAGCAUCAACCUUUCACAGGUUCAUGAUUGGAGUGUUUGGAACACCAGGAUCCUCUAAAACCACAACCAGUGAAAUAAUGAAAAAUUGUUUCAUCAAUGAUUUUUCAAUUCCAACUCAAAUCAUUCCGAUGGAUGGAUUUCAUUACUAUAGAAAAGAAUUAGAUGUCAUGGAAAAUCCUCAACAUGCUCACAGUAGACGAGGAGCACCAUUUACUUUCAAUGAUAAGGCCUUUGAAGAAUUAUUGAAAAAAGUGAAAUAUCAAACAACACAACUUGUUAAAGCUCCAUCUUUUGACCAUCACAUUGGAGAUCCAAUUGAAGAGGACAUUAUUGUGGAUUUAUCUCAUCGAGUUAUAAUCGUGGAAGGCAAUUAUUUGGCCACAUGGAACAACAUUAGACCUCUCUUCGAUGUUUUAAUUUAUAUUUAUACAGCAAGCAAGGAAGAAGCAAUGGAACGAGUGGUAAGACGACACAUGUCCACAGGAAAUUCCGAGGAAUUAGCAAGACAACGAGUGAACUUUAAUGACGGUCCGAAUGCAGAUCAAAUUAUUAGUGAUUUUAACAGGAUUCGGAAUGAAUAUGACCAAACCAUGACCUCACCUCGAAAACUCUAUACAUUACUUUCCGAGCACGAGGAUAAAUUUGCAAUCAAAUGA